CUUCAGUCGCCGGAAAGAACUGUUGCUUGCUCUGCUUGCUUCCCCAAUCUUUGUCGGGUCAGUUUCAGAUCGCCCUUGAUAACGUUCGUUUAGUUUGUACCUGCGCUCUGUCUGCAGGGCCGAGUGCGAGUUUCGCGGUUGUCAUCAUCUGCAUCUGUAGCAGUCUUUAUUUGAACAGUCUGCGAUUUUGAGGAACAUGGACAGGUCUGGUGGAUUUUCCGGCAGCUCUGGGGCAAGUGGGCCGCCAGGAUCACAGCUGGGUAACUCUCAAAAGAAACUGCAACAGACUCAAGCCCAAGUUGAUGAGGUCGUGGAUAUUAUGAGAGAAAAUAUUGAUCGUGUCCUGGAGCGAGAUGAAAAACUGACUGAAUUAGAUAGUCGAGCAGAUGCACUCAGGAUGGGAGCAUCAGCUUUUGAACAACAAGCUGCAAGGUUGAAGCGUAAAUUCUGGUGGCAAAAUAUAAAGAUGAUGAUCAUCAUGGGAGUGAUAGGAGUUGUCCUCCUCGCUAUUAUCAUAAUCUGGAUUGCAUCAUCUGUUGGUUCGGACAGUCCGAAUCCAAGUACUGUUGCUCCUGCUCCGAAACCAUGAAGUAAGUCCUCACUGUCAUAAACAGACAUCAAUUUGCAAUCAAAUUGCACUUUUUAAAAUUGGAUCAUUGAUCCUGUAAAUGUUUUAUUCUAUUGGUUUUUUCAAACAAAAUAAUUUAAACAUUGGGUCUGUUUAGUACAUAAGGGUUUUAUUAGCCGUCAAGGAACAAUAUUCUUAUUGCUUGGCAGAUGUUCCUUUUUCUUAACAAGGACUAGGACUAAGGCUUUGUUAACUCUAAAAUUUUUGUUGGAUAAAAACGUCUAUAUUGUUAUUUUACCAUUUUUAUAUAUAUUCAUACAUUACGUAAGUAAGUCUUCAAUAGCAUGAAUGAAAAAUUCAUGCCAAAAGUAAUGUGGUAGCAUUUAUUACAAAACGUGGAACAAGUUUAUUUAGAAACAUGUGAUAAUUGUUUUGCAUUAAUGCGUGUCCAGUCUUCAGUAAUGCUAAAGUUUUUAAAGCUUGUAAUCUUAUUUGGUUUUGUUUUGUGGUAUAAUGUUGUAUUGUAUUUUAUUUACAAUGUGGGAUAGGAUUUUUCAGUAUUCAUCCUUCAAUUUUGCUCUUGAACUGCUUGAGCCUGUGAUAUCUGCUUCUGUGCUCCAGGCUAGGGAAAAUUUUCACAAGAUCUGUGGAAUUUGUUACUGUUGUAAUGGUCCCUCAUUCCAUCGUGUUGAAGUUGUGCUUUUCAGUAGUACUAAUUCGGAUAUGUAAAAUAAUUUCAUUAUUAAAUAAUUCAUAAAAUGUA